CAAUUGGAUGACGGCGAACACGUGAUCAAAACACAAUCAUGGCGGCCUCCGUGGCAGUACGCUCGAGCAUGGGGCUGACUUUCAGGCUUUCGCGAGUUUUACCAGACUGUAUUUUAUGUCCCUUGUCCAGGCUGAAGACGUACGCGUCUCAUUUACGGCGGAAGGACUCCGUGGACAGCUUUCGUACCAUCAAUAGAUACUUGCAGACGAGUAUAGGUUCGGACCCAAGUGAGGAAAGUAGCACUGACGAAGAGAACCAGGACCAAGUAGUCAAUGUGGUGUAUGUAGACCGGUCAGGCCAGAGGAUCCCAGUUAAAGCCAAAGUGGGAGACAAUAUUUUGUACUUGGCUCACAAGAAUGGAAUUGAGCUUGAAGGGGCGUGUGAGGCUUCGUUAGCCUGUUCAACAUGUCAUGUGUAUGUAAACAGAGAUUAUUUUGACAAACUUCCUGAGCCCCUUGAGAGGGAGGAUGACAUGCUGGACAUGGCGCCCAUGCUGCAGGAGAACUCCCGACUAGGGUGCCAGAUUAUCUUGACCCAAGAACUGGAGGGGAUGGAGGUGACUUUACCUAAAGUCACGAGGAACUUCUACGUGGACGGACAUGUUCCUAAACCUCAUUGAGAAUACGUACUUCAAAUGAAGGUGGGAUUGAGGGGGGUGGCCCAGCAACCAGGAAGCUAUGAAAAGAAGGUAGUGGGUUAAUUUUGAAGAACUCUACGGCUUGGGAACUCCGUAGCGACGGCCUUGAAGAGCUUUACUGCCCAAAUAACAGAUUACUGACGUGGGCCUGCAGACCUCCUCAGAAUUCAGUGAAAUCAAUGGUUACUUUCUGGAACAUAUCAUGUCCAUAACUCUGUGUGGAAUGUCCUCAGGCCAGCGUUGAGGGUGUGUCUUACUAAAUAUAUAUUUAUAAAAUACAAAUAUAAUAAAAAAUAUAUAUGUCUUAUUAAAGGUUCUUUGUUUCCCAAAAAAAUAUUCAAGCUUGGAGACAUUUUAAAGAAACAAAGUUCACAUUUACGAAGGAGUAUUAAGGCAACAUUGACAAGGGAAAUACAGUAGUACAAUUAUUAAGGAAAACACCUAUGAGAAUGAAGUCAUUAAAGUUGUGAAAUCAGAAUUUAGGGGUACAUCUUCAAUAUAGGAAAACAUUUGUAAUUUUAACCAGUAAAUGUCCAAAUUCAGAAACGCAAAGAAAUGCAACAAUCUAGAACAACCAUACUAGUAGAGAUCUUCCCUCCAUCAGGUAAUGAUAUUUGACAAAAGCACUUUGAAAUAGAUGUUUGAAUAAAAUCAAAAGUGAACACAACCACAUUCAAGUGUUUGUACUGAUGGUGUUAAUUUUCUAAAAACUAGAAUUUCACAAGUGUUCAAAGUUGUACGUAAAGAGCAAGAAUUUCAGAAAAUUAUUACUUAAAUUUAGCAUUUUUUUUUCUAAAUGCGACUCGUUCUACACUUUAAAAAUAAAAAGGAUUAAAGUACAAAUGUUUUCAUAUAUGCCUUUUUCUCGUUCACAACUUUCCCUCCAACCCUGGUGUGUUUGUCAAUACUCAUUUUAUAUAACUGUACACUGCUGCAUUGGACAUUCCUUGUUACAGCCUUUUAUGCACAAGUUGCGAAAUAAUGUCAUUUCAGGUCGUACACCAUGCUCGUCAAGAAAGUUCAUACAUACGCCAUUUUGCUUUGAUUCUUUGUCAGUGGGGCAUAUGGCGGUUCUUAUGUUAAAAUCCUUGUAUAAAAUCCUAAUUAACAUUUCAAAUGUUCUGUGUAAAUGUGUGUAUCUUUCUAAGGAAAGUCUGCCAGGGUUGUGGCAGACCAACUUUGAACAUAUUUCUUUAGUCUACUGUACUUGUCCAACCACACAUUUGAGUCACUAAUGUAUGGCACUUAUCAUGUGUUUAAAUUUGUGCAAUAAAGUACUAUUUUAAAACCACAUUCUUGUUUUCUACCACUUCACAGUGCAAGAUAAAUUGUUCUAAAUCUGUAACCAAAGUAGUAGUCGUAAUAUUACAGUACUUAUUGAUACACAAUGUCAAAGUACCUUAAUUUUCGCACUAUAAGGGGCACCUGACUAUAAGCCGCCGCACCGGACUAUAAGCCGCAGCUGUACCCACUGUAUUACGGGAUAUUUCCACCAAAAGAUAUUUACCGGUAACAGCGUCAUCAUACGACUGUCAUAAGACCAAAUGAAUCUCCA